AUGUGUUGUGGUCGGCGUAUCAGUGCCGAAACCUUUAUUCUCCCCGCGCUUUUUUUACUAACUUCGUACUCUAUCUUCUCGUUCUGCGUGUUCAUUUUCCCUCGGUUGCUCGAUGCGUUGGGACAAGCGUUUUUGCAGCCGUUCAUAAGGGGAAUCCGGCAACCGACCUCUGCAACCCCUUUGCAUGUAGAGCACCUGCUUAGUAUUUCAGCUGGGAGUUGGGGUUUGUUUGGAGUUUCUGCAGUGCUUUUCAGUUUCACUGUGUGGGCGUAUGUGGCGGCGGCGACGACAGAUCCCGGCCGUGUGCCGUAUGCAUACCACAAGGGUGCCCCCAAAAGUGCCACACUCGCACUCAAGGUGUCAGGAGCACAACAUCACUGUCCCGUUUGUGCCCACUACAAGCCACAGCGGGCACACCACUGUAGCCGAUGCCGCCGUUGCGUACUGAAGUACGAUCACCAUUGCCCAUGGAUCGGACGCUGCGUGGGCUUCUUCAACUACAAAUUGUACCUUCUCGUUAUAUUUUAUACAUUUUUAUGUACCCUUUGGGUGGUUCUCCUGUUGCUUUUGGCCUGUAGCUCUUUUGCCGUGCAGCACUACGAGGCAGUCAAUGGCCAGGUGAGGCACCGCCGGGUUGAUAUGCCGGCUUGGGACAGUAGAAAGUGCUGGGCAGAGGCGGAGGCACUGGACCGCCCCCACUUGCGCGCGAAAGAUUUGGUUGUGAGCGCUCAGGCUGUCGCGCAGCUGAGUCUCUUUGAGGAAUUCGGCGUGUGUCCCCCGUUCUUAGGAGUGUACGUCUGCUUUUUGGAGGCGUUUAUUUUUCUCAUCCUUUCUGGUUCGUUGCUGAGGAAGCACUGGGGACUUGCUCGGCGGAAUUUAACGACGCUUGACCUCGUCAUCCAGCAGACACAGAUCGAACAAGGCAUAUGUGUUCGCCCUCCCGUCAACCCCUUUGAUAUCGGUGUCAAGGGGAACCUUCAUCAGGUAUUUGGUGAUGGUGACGCAGACGGUGAGCACAUCCACGCAAACUUCAUAGCCCGUUGGUUCUGCCGCCUGUUACCCGUUGCUGCGUACCCCGAACAGGAGCAAUUACGUUACGCUUCUUCAGUUAGUAGUGAGCGCAGUGCGUUGGUCAGCACUGACCCGGCACUUUGGGCGGGCGGGGCCCAAGCUUCGAUUCCCAAUUAUGGAACGCUUCAAAAGGGAGAUUUGAGUGGCGGUGUUGGUCAGGUAACCGUCAUUGAGGGGCGUGGGGUGUGUAAUGUUUACCACCUGUCACAGGUUUCGAGUCAUGUUGGAAGUCUAUUAGGUCAAACAUUUCCAACUGCGGUACCGUUGACAAGUCCUACUCCUGUUUGA